GUAUCGAAACCACCCAUCAAUUUAAUUUCUUAUAAGAGAUAUGGCCAGCUUGCAACAACUAAGCAAACAUAUUAACUUGAUCAAAUAUAUAUAUAUAUAUAUAUAUAUAUAUAUAUAUGACCAUAUCUUAUGAACCCUUUUCAUCAUCUAAGUGACAAAGUAUGGAAUUAUUUCAAGAUGGGUUGCUUUUAUUUACUCUUAGCUUAGUGCUAUGCAGUAGUAACACUGUUUUGGUUUCUUCAAGAGGUGCAUUUUACACAGCACCAACAGUCCCACAUUUGACAGAUGGUUUCAGUCAUGUCUCAGUCAGUGAAGGGUUCUCUGAAUCUUUUGGUCACUCCAAUGUCCAUCCCACCAGAAAUGGGUCCGGCGUCGAUCUCGUUCUCAAUAAAUCCUCCGGCUCUGGAUUGGUCUCCCGGAACAAAUACCAUCAUGGGUUUUUUAGUGCUGCAAUUAAGCUCCCUUCUGGUUUCACAUCUGGAGUUGUGGUGGCCUUCUAUUUGUCUAAUGCAGAUGUAUUCCCUCACAACCAUGAUGAGAUAGACUUUGAGCUGCUUGGUCAUGAGAAAAGACGAGAGUGGGUGUUGCAAACAAACAUCUAUGGCAAUGGAAGUGUAAGAACAGGAAGAGAAGAGAAAUUCUAUCUUUGGUUUGAUCCAACACAGCAGUUCCAUCAUUACAGCAUUCUCUGGAACAACCAUCAUAUAGUGUUUCUAGUGGACAAUGUACCAGUGAGAGAGAUUCCACACACUGACGCCAUUUCUUCUGCGUAUCCAUCAAAGCCAAUGUCACUCCACGCGACGAUUUGGGACGCAUCAGAGUGGGCAACUCAUGGAGGAAAAUACCCUGUCAACUACAAGUACGCGCCAUUUGUGGCGUCCCUUGCAGAAAUGGAGAUGGAAGGCUGCGUAUUGCAUUCGACAAACUCAGCUUCACCGUGUUCUAAGAGCAGACUUUCAAGCCUGGAUCCAGUUGAGGGGGAAGAGUUUGUGAAGUUAUCACAGCAGCAGAUAACAGGGUUGGAGUGGGCAAGGAAGAAGCUCAUGUUUUACUCAUACUGUAAAGACACAUCCAGAUAUAAAGUCCUACCACCAGAGUGCAAGGCAAAGUAAAACCAUUUCUAAUUUUUUUUUUUUUUGUUAAAUCAUUCUAUUUUUUAUAUAUAGAGGUGAAUAAAUUGAGGGGUUACUUGUAUAAUUCAUAUCAAGUUAUCAGAAGUCAGAACCAAAUAGUUUAGCUUAAACAUAAAGAAUUAUAGAGGUAUUGUAUUAUAUUGUUUA